UAGAAUAAUUUACUGUCACAUGCCAUUCGGUACUAAGUAUAAAUUGCAGUACCUUCGAACCAGCAAGAUUUAGUUUGCUGCUAGCCCUCAAAUCUUCAAUCAAUCAUUGAGAAAAAAUAUUUCUUUGUAACAAGUGAAUCGUUUAGAGACGCAAUGCUGGUUACGCCAAGUAUAGUACUAUGGACGACAGUCAUCGCUUUACUGCUGUAUCGUUGCGUUCGGUUUCUAUUUGGACGUCCCCCAAAUUUUCCCAGUGGACCGCCACGACUACCACUUCUUGGUGGAUACGCCAUAAUGCUGAUGAUCAACUAUCGACACAUGCACAAGGCUGCUCAAAAGUUGUGUGAGUUCUAUCGGACUAAGAUUCUAGGCAUUUACCUGGGUGACUUUCCUUCGAUCGUUGUGAAUGAUCUUGAGGUGGCCAAAGAAAUUCUCAGUAGAACCGAAUUUGACGGUCGAUCAGAUAUGUUUUUAGCACGCUUGCGAGAGAGAAAUUUUUUGCGCCGAGGAAUAUUCUUUACGCAAGGGCCGCAUUGGAAAGAACAGCGACGCUUUGUUCUACGUCAUUUGCGCGACUAUGGAUUUGGCAGACGGUACGCCGAUUUUGAAGCUGAAACAGAACGUGAAAUUGCAAUAAUGAUUGAUAUGCUACAAUAUGGGGCAAAGUUUGAACACGAGCAACAAAUUAUUCGUGAUGGUUGUGCGAAGUGUCCAGAAGCGUUUUAUGGUUGUUUGGCUAACGUAUACUUUCAAGUUAUUUGUGGUGAGCGUUUUUCUAGAAAGGACAUGGGAGUCCUGUUUGAAACCGGUCGUUACGCUCUCAAUUUCCAGCAAAAAGGAGACGAUUACGGGACGGUGCUAAGUUAUCUUCCUUGGUUGAAGGAUUAUUUUCCAGAAGCAACAAAUUACCGGAUAAUGCGAGAGGCAAAUCUGAAAAUGAACGAAAUGCUCGAAUCCGUAUUAGAAAAGUACAUGAGUUCCUAUGACGAAACUCAUAUACGAUGUUUUUUGGAUCGCUACAUUCUAGAAAUGAAAAAAACAACACCACUCGAGGGACAAGCUUUCACAUUCCAAUAUGAUCAAUUAUUGAUGAUUCUGUGGGAUAUGCUAUUACCAACAAUGUCGGGUGCGGCAAUUCAACUUUCAAUGUUGUUAGAGCGUAUGCUACUAAAACCUUCUGUGAGAAGCAAGGUGCAACAGGAGUUAGAUGACGUUGUCGGUCGUGGACGUCUGCCGACACUAGACGAUCGUACGCAGCUGCCAUAUACAGAAGCUACCUUACGAGAAGCUUUGCGAAUCGACACUCUGGUACCCUCAGGAAUUGCGCAUGUUGCUCUUGAAGAUACAAAACUCCGAGGAUACGACAUACCCAAGGGAACUUUCAUUAUGUUGGGUUUGGCUACGAUUCAUCACCAGACGGAAGUGUGGGGUGAUCCAGAAAAUUUUCGACCGGAGCGGUUUCUUUGCGAAAGGGGUAAUUUUCAAAUAUCAAAAGAUAUCUCUAUUCCUUUCGGAGGAGGUAAGCGGCUAUGUGCCGGUGAAACCUUCUCCCGAAAUACACUAUUUUUAAUGUUUACUGCACUUUUGCAAAACUUUGAUAUUGAACAAAGGCUAGGCGAUUCUCUGCCCGAUCUUAGCAAACGAAUAACCGGAGUUGUAACAUCAACCGAACCUUUUUGGCUCAAUUUUAAACCACGAUGAUUCUUAAUAUCCAGAAAAAAGGUAAUGUACGCAAGUACAAAAUGUAAUAAAAAACAAAUGCAGUACAAAUAAAUGUAGGAUAAAAUGUUUAUUAAA